AUGAAAUCUUCAUUAUUCUUGCUUGCGCCAGCCCUCCUGAGCUGUUUCUCUUCCGCCGCCAACGCAGAAAAAGCCAAAAUCUUCAACUUUGACGUUCUCGAAGAAAAGGCUCUCAAUCCUGUUUCUGGGCAGGACACCAAGAACCCUCUAGAGGGUAUUGACCUCGACCAGCUCGUUAACGUUGUCUACAUUACGCUCGAGCCGUCGACCGUGUUUGUCACGGUCACAAGAACUCUCCAUCAGGUAGUCACCACUGCCACCACUACGGUGACCGCCGAAACCGAACAAACGCCGCUGUAUCCUUUCACAGGCUCUAUUUCUAAGGCAAAGCCGCCCACACUGAACACAACUGCUCCUUCGGUGUCAGUGCCGAUCGCCUCCACGUUGCCCCCAUCUGGAAACGACACAGUUAUUACUGCAACCAGCACAGAGCCCCUUAGCUCGUCGCACAUCACGCCGUCAUCUACUCUGCCACUUUCGACAACUACAUACACCGAGGGAAAGCUUGACUUCGUCAUCGGAAAGGAAAAGAAGGCAUCGACAGAUACGGAAACCGCCUCCUACUACGAGGAGCUGGUCCAAUAUGUUUCCUCUGUAUUUUCUCCGCCAACUUCGGAGCUACCAUCUUCUACUGGACCUAUCGCCAGCACGCCAACGUCCAGCUCCUCAUCGAUUCUCUCGUCCAGUUUAACGAAGUCCAAGACGCACACGUCCACACGGUCUGUGUCCAUUGGAUUUAGCACCUCUGUGCUACACAACACGACACAGAAUUCUACGAAAAACGAUCACGACGAUUAUAGCGACGUUCUUGACGGAUUCAACCCUUACAAGGACCUGCCCCUGUCAGAUAUCGACCUGAAUUUCAGUAACGACUCCCCGCGACUGAACGCACGUGGUGUUUUAAUUGGCAUGUCUGCAACAAUUUUCAUUUUCGGUGUUUUUGCUUUGUGA